AUGGAGUCAGACCUUUCCAACGGUAAAAAUUCUCUAACACCGUCCGACACUUUAUUCACGUUAUUAAAAAGGCAAGCAAAAGAGUUUGAAACGUUUGGAAGACGUAUGAGCUUAGAUAUUCAAAAUUAUUCUAAAUUAUAUAUUCAAGACAAAUUGCAACAUGAACUUUCCAAAACUUCGGAAAUGGAUAAUAUUUUUGGGAAACAUCAACAACAAUUCAUAUCUCAAUCACAUCUGAUAGAUUCCCUCAGGUCACGUAUCAAGGAAUUAGAAAACGAGUCAAUUACAAAGAGUCGCGAAAUAAAGAGGCUCAAAGAUGAAUUCCUUGAUUUUAAAAAAGAAAUUAAACCGCUUCUUGGACUUGAUGAAACUUUAUCUGAGGGAUUAAUUGCUGAAAAUGAUCAUUCAAAUGACAUUGACAUCAAAGAAAGUUUAUUCUUCCUGCCAAAAUUAUUUGAUGACAACGAACCGAAGCCAAAAACCCCUCAAAAUGGUCAAAAUGUAAAAAGUGAUGAAAAGGCCUCGGUUUUGUUUGAUGAAUACUUCUACAGCAAUGUGGAUUCACAUGGCGAAUCUUCAACUUCAACGAUGGCAUCAAAUAAUGAAUACAGCGAUAAUGAGACGAUCGGUCACAAUGAAAGAAAAUUAUCAUCAGCCACGUCCAAGGGAAAAGGUCUUGAAUCCAAUAUCACGAUUCCUGUUAAGGAUCAUGUUAAUAAAGAAGAUCAUCAAUUGGAAGAUGAUUUGGAUGAGGAUAUUAAAUACAAUCCUCAGAAAUAUCCUUCCCAGGAUCCCAAUCAAAAUUUGCAGGUAGCUCAGAAACUUAGGGAUCUAUUACUUGAUCUUAAAGCUUCUGAACUAGGAAAUAAAGAAACAAAAGAUUUGCAAGAUGCUUUCAACUAUGUUACAAAGAAUUCCGCCGCCCAGCAAAAGAAAGUUACUUCUUGCCUCCCACCUAUUACGAUCAAUCCUCAAGUGGUAAAUGGACCAUCGUCUUCCUCUUCGGCCUUGAAGAAAAAGCCUACUUCAGAGUCACGUAAACAGUCCACCAUAGUUGAAAGAAUUGAAGCUGACAUUCAAAGUACUAUCGCUCAAUUUCAAGAGAAAAAUGCAAAAAUCAAGCAAAAGUCCUUUAACUAUCUUUUGAAUCAAUUUAAUCUUGAGAAUUUGAUCAAAUAUCAAAGGACAAAUUAUUAUAAUGCUUUGGCGAGGGCUCCUAAAAGAUCCAUUAAAUUGAUGGUGAAAUCUGCUUUAAGAAGUGAAUUGUGCAAUAAGGACAAGCGCGUUACUCAACCUAUUGAAGAAUACGUUAAGAGAAAGAUCAUUCCCUCUUUACCUCCUGGAAUUAAAAGUUAUACUGAAUAUGAGAAGACGUGUCAUUUCGUUAAAUUGUCUGAUGAAAAAAAGAAGAGGAUCAAAAAAAUUAGCACAGUUGAGCCUAAAAUUAAUGUUAGGAACUUAAGUCUACCAGGAAAUAAUGAAGUAACUUUAAAGAAAUUACAAAAUAUACAAAAACCGUCAAUAAAAUUAGGAAAAAGUUAUGAUUUUGCGUCUGUUGAACAAGGAUGGUAUGAUUGGUGGGAUCAAAAAGGAUUCUUUGGAUCAACGAAUUCGGAUGAUAAGAAUUCAGACAAAUUUAUUAUGCUUUCACCUCCCCCAAAUGUUACAGGAUCUUUACAUAUAGGACAUGCAUUGACGUUUAGUAUACAAGAUGCUUUAAGUAGAUGGUAUCGAAUGUCUGGAUAUCAAGUUUCUUGGAUACCUGGAACAGAUCAUGCUGGUAUUGGAACACAAUCUAUUACUCGUCAUGAUCUUGGAAGAGAUAAUUUUGUCAAAGAAAUUUGGAAUUGGCGCAAACUUCAUGGUGAUAAAAUAAUUCAACAAUUGAGAUGUUUAGGAGCUUCAUUGGAUUGGGACAAUUUGUUUUUUACAAUGGACCCCCCACGUUCACAAGCCGUAACAAAUGCAUUCAUUAGAUUAUAUAAUGAUGGAAUGAUUUAUCGGGAUACUAGGCUAGUUAAUUGGUGUUGUGCUUUGGAAACUGUUAUUUCGGAUAUUGAAGUAGAUUAUGAAACUAUUUCCAAGCAAAUGUUUUUGAGUUUACCCGGUAGAGCGGAAAAAGUCGAAUUUGGUGUACUUCAUAAAUUCGCAUAUCCUAUCGCUGACAAUGGUUCAUUAGGUUUGAAAGAGUUGGUCGUCGCUACAACAAGAAUUGAAACAAUUUUGGGAGAUACCGCUGUAGCUAUACAUCCUGAUGAUACUCGUUAUAAGAUUUUGCAUGGAAAAUAUGUUAUACAUCCUUUACUUAAUAAAAGAAUACCGAUUGUGUGUGAUCCUGAACUUGUUGAUAUGGAAUUUGGAACAGGUGCCGUGAAGGUGACACCUGGGCAUGAUAUAAAUGAUUAUGCUUGCGCACGCAGGCAUCAAUUACCUAUAAUAAAUAUUUUUAAUAAGAAUGGCAAAUUGAAUGAUAAUUGCGGAAUAAUUGAUUUGAUUAACAAUGAUAGAUUUGAUGUACGUAAUAUUAUUGUGGAUAAAUUACAGUCUUUGGGUUAUUAUCGUGGAAAAGAUACAAAUCAUGAGAUGAGAGUUGCUAUAUGUUCUCGAUCUGGAGAUGUAAUUGAGCAAUUAUUGCAACCUCAAUGGUAUUUACGGUGUAAAGAUAUGGCUCUGAGAGCUUUACAGGAUGUUGAGAAUGGAAGUAUUGUUAUUAAACCUGGUCAUCAUAUUGAAGAAUGGAAUAGAUGGUUAGGGAAUAUACAGGAUUGGUGCAUAUCAAGACAAUUGUGGUGGGGCCAUUCUGUUCCUGCAUAUAAUUUAUCAUAUGAAGGUCAAACAUCCGAUAAUGGAUUAUGGUUUGUGACAGAUUCAAUGAAUGAAGCUGAUCAACUCGUUAAAGAAUAUUUUAGACAGAACAAUAUUUCAUUACAAACCAAUUAUAAUUUGAAACAAAUGAAUUAUCCUACAACUAUGAUUGAAACAGGGUUUGAUAUUUUGUUCUUUUGGGUAUCUAGAAUGACCAUGCUGUGUACUUAUUUUUCUGGAAAACCGCCUUUUAAGAAUAUUUUAUUGCAUGCAAUGGUUCGAGAUUCACAAGGACGUAAAAUGUCAAAAUCACUUGGAAAUGUAAUAGAUCCUUUACAUGUAAUUUAUGGUAUUACACCAAAAGAAAUGCAACAAAGUUUAAGUGAUAGUAACCUUACAAAAAGUGAGAUGAAAAAGAGUGCUUCAUUGUUAGCUAAAGAAUUUCCAGAAGGUAUUAAGGCAUGUGGCACUGAUUCUUUGAGAUUUAGUUUAAUAUCUUAUACCCAACAAACACGACAAAUUAAUUUAGACAUAUCAAAUGUUGUGUCAACAAGAAAUUUUUGUAACAAAAUAUGGAAUCUAUUUAAGUUCGCAUAUGAUAGAUUUGAUUCGUUGAAUCAUGUUGUAUCGCUAUACAAGACAUCAUCAGCUUCCUCAUUAUGUGCGUAUACAGAUCAUCUAUCACUAGUGGAUAGAUAUAUCCUAUCCAAAAUGGCCAAUACUAUAGUAUAUGCCCAAAAUGGAUUCCAAAAGAUGGCGUUACAUGAAGUAACUGAUACUCUUCGAAAUUUCAUUGUCGGGAACUUGUGCGGAGUUUAUUUGGAAUUUGUUAAACCGGUUUUAUAUGGGAAUCUAGGAGAUGUCGAUUAUCAAUCACAAAAGGCUUCGUUAAGAGUCUUGGAAAUAUGUUUGGAUACUUCCUUAAGAUUGCUUCAUCCUUUUAUGCCAUUCAUUACUGAGGAAUUAUGGCAAAGUCUUUUAAAUCGAUCAGAGAAUAAAUCUUUACCAGAAUCAAUUAUGUUGGCCGAAUAUCCAAAUAUCGCGGAUUUUAGUAUGUGGCAAGAUAGUAAAGUUGAAUAUGAUAUGCAGGUCGUUUUAGAUAUCAUCCGUGCUUCACGUUCUUUAAGACAAGAAAAUAAUAUACCAAUAAAACCUUUACCUUUUAUAAUAUGGACAAGUGAUCAAGAAUUGUUAAAUGAUCAAGGUCCAAUCAAGAAGAAUUUUAAAGAUAUACAAAAAUUCAUUAAAGCCUCUGAACUUAAGGUUAUUGAUUCACAGGAUGAUAGUUCGUUAAAUAAUUCGGCGGUUAGUUUCGUAACAUCGAACCUUAAAGUAUACGUGCCAAUGUCAUCAAUAUAUGAAAUUUUCUUAAAGGAAAAUAAUAUAAGUAAAGAUGACAAAUUAAAAGAAUUUAAUAGAAAGUUGGAUAAAGUUGUAUUAGAACUUGAUUUCUUGAAAAAUCGAAUGGAAAAACCUGAAUACGAAAGUAAAGCUCCUGCAACUGCCAAAAAGAUAGAUAGCUUAACUGAAAAAAGAAAUAAGAUGCAAAAAAAUAUAGAUUUAUUAAAAAACUUGGAAAUUUAG